CUCCUUGUUUCGAGGUGGACCCAAGCUCCAUUUCUUCUCCUCGAGAUCCCCCGGCGCCGGCGAGGCAGGCUCCACCGUAAGCUCGCAUCGCCGUCGCGCGCGCGCCCGCGGGCCAAAUGGGAUUCUUCUCGGCGGUGGCCGACGCGACCGUGGUGCUCUUCUCCCUCACGGUCGCGGUGGCGGCGCCGCUGAUCGACGCGCAGUCCGUCCUCCCGCGCCACCUCUUCCCGGCGCCGCUCGUCUCCCUCAAGCGGUGGUACGCCCGCGAGUUCGGAGACUACCUCAUGGCCCGGCCGCCGGGCUUCCUCCGCGGGCUCGUCUGGCUCGAGCUCGCCUUCCUCUGGCCGCUCGCCGUCGCCACCCUCUAUGGGGUCCUCGCCCGCCGCCGCUGGGCCGCCACCACCUCCCUCAUCGCGGGCGUCUCCACCCUCACCUCCAUGUCUGCAAUACUUGGAGAGAUUCUGGGCUCAAAGAAAGCGACACCAAAAUUGCUUCAGAUGUAUGUUCCUUUCGCCGUUUUCGCUGUCAUUGCAAUUCUACGUGGACUAUGCUCGUCUACUCCACGUGGUACCGCUGGUUCAUCACUUGGACCUUCUGCUAGGAAGAAGAGAGCCUAAGAUGCUGUUUUGGUUUACCUUAUGUCAACAAGCCUUGAGAACCACUCAUUUUCAUCUGAUAAUUUCACUAUAAAGAAGAUAUCUCUGGGAUGUUGGUCGUCUCACAAUUUUCCCCUCAGAGUAAGCUUUUAUAUGUUGUUGGUCGUCUCACAAUGUUGGUUACAAUUUUCCCCUCAAAGGAGUGAUGUACCUGUGCAACUAUGACCUAUGCAAGAGACUGACAUGUUAUUUACUCUGGCCAUAGAUGUGAAAUGUAUCAUCUGUAUUGAUGCAA